CGCGAGACCUGGAGAGGCACGUCGGGAGCCGGGCGGGCGGCGGGCGGCGGGGCGAGCCCCUUCUCCUGCGGGGGAUGAUGGCGGCCCAGGUGCUGACACUAUUGAGGGAGGUGUCGCGGCUGGAAGCGCCGCUGGAGGAGCUGCGCGCGCUCCAGUCGGUGCUGCAGGCGGUGCCGCUCAGCGAGCUCCGCGAGCACGCGGCGGAACUGCACCUUGGCCCGCUUUUCUCUCUGCUCAAUGAGAACCAACGGGAACAGACUACUUUGUGUGUAUCCAUUCUGGAGAGGUUGCUCCAAGCUGUAGAGCCAGUUCACUUGGCCCGGAACCUCAGGGUUGACCUGCAGAAGGGACUGACACACCCUGAUGAUUCUGUAAAAAUACUCACUCUAUCCCAGGUCGGAAGAAUUGUUGAAAAUUCUGAUGCUGUUACUGAGAUUCUAAAUAAUCCUGAAUUACUAAAACAAAUCGUUUAUUGUAUUGGGGGAGAGAAUCUAUCUGUAGCUAAAGCGGCCAUUAAAUCCCUGUCAAGAAUAUCACUGACCCAAGCUGGACUGGAGGCUUUAUUUGAAAGCAAUCUGCUGGAUGAUUUGAAAACUGUAAUGAAAACAAAUGACAUUGUUCGAUACAGGGUCUAUGAGCUAAUUGUGGAGAUUUCUUCUGUGUCACCAGAAUCUUUACACUACUGUACCGCCAGUGGAUUGGUGACCCAGCUUCUCAGGGAACUGACUGGUGAGGAUGUGCUGGUCAGAGCCACCUGUGUAGAAAUGGUGACAUCAUUGGCAUAUACUCAUCAUGGACGGCAGUACCUUGCUCAAGAAGGAGUAAUUGAUCAGAUUUCUAAUAUAAUUGUUGGGGCAGAUUCAGACCCUUUCUCUAGCUUCUACUUGCCAGGAUUUGUGAAGUUUUUUGGAAACCUGGCUAUCAUGGAUAGUCCUCAACAGAUCUGUGAGCGUUAUCCUGUUUUUGUGGAAAAAGUCUUUGAAAUGACAGAAAGUCAGGACCCCACCAUGAUUGGCGUAGCAGUGGACACGAUUGGAAUCCUGGGGUCCAACGUCGAAGGAAAGCAGGUUUUACAGAAGACAGGAACUCGAUUUGAACGCUUACUCACGAGAAUAGGAUAUCAAGCAAAGAAUGCCUCUACAGAGCUCAAAAUUAGGUGUUUGGAUGCAGUUUCAUCUCUUCUUUAUUUACCACCUGAGCAGCAGACUGAUGACCUCCUGAGGAUGACAGAAUCCUGGUUUUCUUCUUUAGCUCGGGACCCGUUGGAGCUCUUUCGUGGCAUGAGUAAUCAACCCUUUCCUGAAUUACACUGUGCUGCCUUAAAAGUGCUCACGGCCAUUGCAAACCAACCCUGGGCUCAGAAACUUAUGUUUAACAGUCCAGGUUUUGUAGAGUAUGUGAUGGACCGGUCCGUGGAGCAUGACAAAGCUUCAAAGGAUGCCAAAUAUGAACUGGUGAAAGCAUUAGCCAAUUCUAAGACAGUUGCAGAAAUCUUUGGGAACCCAAAUUAUUUGAGGCUCAGAACUUACCUGAGUGAAGGUCCAUACUACGUGAAACCUGUUUCCACAACGGCAGUGGAAGGAGCUGAAUGAUUUCUUCUAGAGUCUAGACCAUUUUUGGACCAAAACUUCUCCUAACGCAUUUGACUCCCUCUGUAUUUUUUAAAACGAAGACUUCUCUCCCCUCCAGAAUUAUCAUGGACAUUUGCUGUGUUCCUGCACUGAAGUACAGUGUGAAACCAAGAGAGCAGACAAACUUGGUUGUAAUUGAAAGAGAUGUUUUUUUGCUUUACUGUUUUGCAAGAAGAUGGAAGUUUUGCUCUCCCAGAAAAUUUCCGUGGAUUUACUAUCUUAUUUUAAAUCUGCUUCAUCUAAAAUGGAACUCAGUUGUUUCUCUUCAUGAUCUUUUUGUCCUUUCCCCCAUUCUGAUUCCAUUUAUAGAGUCUUGGAUAUAAGUAUUCUUUGAAAAUACUAAUUAUUAAGAUCCCAAAUAAUAUGGGAUCUUAAUAUUAUGUUCUCUAAGAAUAAAUACUUUUGAUAAGGUC